GGAAAGGGGUGUGUCAAGCGAGCGAAAUCGGCAAUGUGUGCCUCAGAGCCUGGGGCGUGCGGAGCGAAGUGGCCGGUGGGCCAAAGUGGCGGUCACUCCCUCAGUGAGUGGCCCUUGAGCUCCCGCACCGAGCCACCAGACGCGGACGCUAUGCUCCAGAAGCCGCAGGAACUUCAAGAAACAGAAAGGGUGUCCUUGGUAGAUGAAGAUAAAACAAUGUCUGCCAACUUAAAGUACCUUUCCUUGGGAAUUUUGGUCUUUCAGACUACCAGUUUGGUUCUAACAAUGCGUUAUUCUAGGACUUUAAAAGAGGAGGGACCUCGUUAUCUAUCUUCUACAGCAGUAGUUGUUGCUGAACUUUUGAAGAUAAUGGCCUGCGUUUUAUUAGUCUACAAAGACAGCAAAUGUAGUCUAAGAGCACUGAAUCGAAUACUACAUGAUGAAAUUCUUAAUAAACCCAUGGAAACGCUUAAACUUGCUAUUCCAUCAGGGAUAUAUACUCUUCAGAAUAAUUUACUCUAUGUGGCACUGUCAAAUCUAGAUGCGGCUACUUAUCAGGUCACAUAUCAGUUGAAAAUUCUUACGACGGCAUUAUUUUCUGUGUCUAUGCUUAGUAAAAAAUUAGGUGUGUACCAGUGGCUCUCCUUAGUAAUUUUGAUGACAGGAGUUGCUUUUGUACAGUGGCCCUCAGACUCUCAAGAGCUUGAUUCUAAGGAACUUUCAGCUGGCUCUCAAUUUGUAGGCCUCAUGGCAGUUCUCACAGCAUGUUUUUCAAGUGGCUUUGCUGGGGUUUACUUUGAGAAAAUCUUAAAAGAAACCAAACAAUCAGUGUGGAUAAGAAACAUUCAACUUGGUUUCUUUGGGAGUAUAUUUGGAUUAAUGGGUGUAUACAUUUAUGAUGGAGAACUGGUAUCAAAGGAUGGAUUUUUUCAGGGAUAUAACCGACUGACCUGGAUAGUUGUUGUUCUUCAGGCACUUGGAGGCCUUGUAAUAGCUGCUGUUAUUAAGUAUGCAGAUAAUAUUUUAAAGGGAUUUGCAACCUCUUUAUCCAUAAUAUUAUCAACACUGAUAUCCUAUUUUUGGCUACAAGAUUUUGUGCCAACCAGUGUCUUUUUCCUUGGAGCCAUCCUUGUAAUAGCGGCUACUUUCCUAUAUGGUUAUGAUCCCAAACCUGCAGGAAAUCCCACUAAAGCAUAGUCGUAUACUAUCUUUAACUGGUUUUUCAUAAUGGUGCACUAGAAAUCUCAACAUUAAUCUUGCACAGAGGACUUCUACAGAUUCUAAGAAGAUAACGUUAUGCUGAAUCUGAUCAUAUUGCUCAAACAGUUUGAAAUAUAAAAGUUUUAAGGAUAAAAUAUAUGUAUAUGUAAGAAAAUACCUAUUGCAUCUAGAAAUCAAAACUUGAAAGUAUUUCCAGGGAUUAGAAUACGUAUUGGAGGAAACUUGAAAUCUGAGUUUUAAAAGAUUUUACCUUUUUGAUUGCUGCAGAAUUAUCCUAUGCACUCUUUGCAAGAGCACACAAAUGUCAGAUAUCAAUUUUUGCAAAUUAGAUCUAUUUAAUCUUAUAAAAUGUUUUUAUCUUACUCUUCUUGUACAGAUAUAUCAAAUCACAUGGAAUAUUCAAAGUUUGAAAAUUAUAAUUACCUAUAAAGCUGUGAAGAAAUAGAAGUAUGAUUUGAAAAACAUUUUCAUGUAUCUGAGAUUUUUAUAUUUAUACAAAGGAUUGCUAAAUGUUAUUUGUUCAGCGACAUAAAAAUUGAUAAAGUAAUGUUCUGGGUUUGAUUUCUCAGAGAAUAAAAUUCAAAUUUAAAUAUAGUGUAGAGAAAUACACAAUCUAUUUCUCCAUCUACAUUUUAAGAUCUUUUAGUGCUUCGAAACUGCUGACAGCAAUCCAGUUGCUCCUGUGCUAGACAGUAGCCAGUGACUUUUACAAGAAUGCAGUUUUGUCCUUAAUUUCUUAAUUGCAUUUCUUUUCUGUGUAAAUCAGAUGAAUCCUUAUGUUACUUUAAAUUAAAUUUCUGUAUGUUAAUUUCCAUUAAAGUUUUAAAAUGUAAUUUAAAGGGAUUAAAUACUCAUUUAAUAAUUUAAAACAAAAUAAUAAUUAUUGUCUAAUAUCUCCCUUUGGAGAAUUUUGAACUAUUAAAGCAUAUACAGUAUACAACUAGAACAUUUUUCAAUGAAUGUUUCACUCAUUGAUUUGUAAAAGCUUCCUUUAAUCUACAACUGUUGACAAAAACAACAAUCAGAAAAAUAGUAGUACAGAUGUCAAUGAAUUGAGACCAAAAUGACUUUUCCUGGAGACAUUCCAGAUUAUCAUGAUAUUACAUUAUUUUGAAUGGCACUAUAAUGGUAAAUUCAAGACUGCUCAGAAGAACUUUAGGCCUCUCAUAAACCCCCCAUCCCCAGGAAUUCUCUGAUCACAUGUCUGGGAGAGACGCAGACUUCCGAGUCCCCUCUGUGUGGCCCUGCAAGAGCUGCUGGGAAGGAGCCACUCACUACUUUGCUUUAAAAUAGUGGUUCUUUUCUGCUUUGAUUAGCACUGGAGUUUUAAGGUUGCAAAUUACAUAAAUUAUUUAAUAAAUUGGUUCAAGGGAGAGAAAAGAUAAAAUGAAUUAUUGGGCAAAAAUAAUUUCUAAAAUUGGAAUAUGGAUUUAAUUAUUGACUAGAGACAGAAUUACCUAUUGUGUAUAAGAAGUAUUUUACUUUAUUUCAUUCCUACUUUAUAUAUUUUUAAAAGUCUCCUGUUCUACUAGUAUGAAAACUGUACAAAAUAAAUAUUUUUAUAUAGUUCUAAUGAAUUUUGUUAAACAGAAUUUGGCUCAAAAAAUACUGUGUUUCAAACUGUUGGGUACUCUUGGCUAAUUAGGACUGGCUGUGCAAACCUAGACUCUACAAGACACAGUCCUAACCUAUUCCAUCCAGUGUUUAAAAGUGUUUAAACUUACAAAAUAUUUUAAAUCAAUUUGCUGGUGAUUCCAAAUUGACACCAAGCAAACUUUCUGGAAACCUGACAUGAUAUUCAAUGACCACCUUUUAGAGUAAAGUUUAAUAAUUUUACCACAUUUUUGAGCAUGAUGUUUUAGACUGUAACAACAUUUAGACUUAUAUCUUAUUACCUACUGCUAUGUGAAAUGUAAAUCCUGCAAAAUGCACAGAAUUUAAGACUGAAUAUAAAGAUUCAUGUUCAGCCCACAUUGAAGUACUGGUUGGGUACUGGUGUAUUAAUUCACUGUGCAUUUACAAUUAAUUGUUAAUUCAGGUUUAGUGUGUCCCUAUUUUAAAACUUCAAAAAAUGAUACAAGCUAAUUACUGAACAUCAGACAUGUUAAUUACAACAAUAAUACAUUUUCAGGUGUCCAAAAUAACACAAUUUCCAAGAUUCCCAACAAAGUUUAUAAAAAUAUAAUCAAGAGUUGUGAUAAAGGACAAAAUAAUCUAAAGUAUAUUUUCAAAGCAAACUUUUAUUUGACAGGCAUAAUUUAUAUUUUGCUUUUCUAGUAGGUUUGAAAAUGUUAUUAGAGAUUGGGUUGUAUAGUUUAUCAUUUGUAAUUCAUAAAGAAAUAAUCAUAUUUGAGAAGGUGGACUUGUAUCCUAGAUCAUGUCAUAUAUAAAGAUAAUGCCAUUUUCUUGUGUGUGGUGUGUGUUUUGAUGACCUCCAAAAGCCUUAUUGUAUCAAUCUUUUAUAAUGAUGACUCCUUUAUUAUUUAAAUCCUUACACUUUUUAAAGUUUACUUGUUAUCUCUUAACUGCUUUGUUCAUUAUAAAAAUGCUAAUUCAUGGGAGAAGAGUGCCAGUUGAUAGUUCUAUUAAAAGUUAAGAAUAUGGUAUUUGGGAAGAAAAGUUUGAAAUGCAGGAUUAGGAUGUUUCACAAAAAAAUGUUAUCAAUUCUUUGAUAAGUGGUUUUAGAGAAGUUGUAGGUUACUUUUAUGGUGGAAAAUGUGGUUUAGAGAUGCAAAACUUAAAUGUUUACAUCAAUUUAUGUUGACUGUCACAAUUUCAAGAAGGAAAGGCAGUUUGAUAUUUAAACUAGAUUCUAAGGAGACAGAAUCUGAAAGGAAACUAAUUGACUUUGUACUCAGUAGACUUAGUGUAAUAUUGACCAUUCUUAAGAAUUAAUACACUUUUCCUACACAUCAAAUUAUUAGACUUUUAAAAUGUCAUUGUAUAGUGAUUUAACUGAGUUUUGUUUUGGUUUGUUUUUAAAAACAGAGUUUAGCAUCACUCAUUUUAUUUACACUUUGUUAUAAUAUUUAAUUACAUGUGGAUGUAUGUUUACAUAAGAAAACGUUUAUAAAAGUUAUUUAUGCUAUAUUGAGAGUCCAUCUUAAGAAUCUCCCAGAUAUGUAGCUUAUUUAAAGUAAUUAUAGGACCAAAGACAAAGCACCUUUAUCAAAAAUCUGGUCCUAUGUGCCUUGCUUUACCAAAUACUGACUUUUCUGGAGCAUAUUACUGUAAUUCACAACUUUGGACACAUGGGUAAAAAUGAAGAUGUUUUAAGAAUAACUAUAAUUCAAUUUUUGAUUGUUUCAACGUUUGCUCUUUAAAUCUACUGUCUAACAGGAUAUUAAAAUAGGUAUAUUAUGCAAGCAUUAGUGAUCAGUACUUAUUUAAAUAAAUUAUGGCACCUUUGAUUCAUCAUUGAGCUUUUGAAACUAACAAUUUUAUUUAACUGUUAUUCUGUUGUUUUAUUUCUUAUUAUAUGUUAUAAUUUACUGUGACUUAAAAAAUUUUUUUUAUGAUUUGGAAUCUGAAUUUGUCUGUAUGUCUGUAUUUCAUUUGUUUAGAAAGAUUCUUUUGGGUUUAGGAAUGCGAUUUGUAUAUUUAAAUUUUUUAUGGACACAAUUCAAAGGAAUGUAUAAAUUGGUCUUUUGUUAAAUGGCUUUUUAAUUGACAAAUUUCCUUGUCAUCUUUUGGUAUCCAGUUAUUAUCUAUUUGGUAGGUUUAUGGAAAUAGAUUAUUUUCCUAAUUAUGUAAGUUCUUCCGGUAUUUUCUAUCCACCUGUGUCUGACUUAAUCAUGAAUUAUUCUUCUCUAUAUAUCAAAAAUGACUCACUAAUCUUUUCCCUAUCUCUCUAGCUACCUUUAUCACGUGUGAUCUUCCUUUUCUGUAGCCUGUGCUCCAGCAUGAAAGACUGGGUUUUAUUUAAACUAGUUAUAAUUUCUCUACCUGUAUGAUGAUGACAGACUAAAAAUGUUUUGUUUUAAAUAAAUUAUCUCUUCACUAGCCUCAAGGUUAAAUAAUUACAGGAAUUGGUAUAUAUUUUCAUUAAAAUUUGAAGAUAAUU